UUUGAGGCGUCGUCGUUCGCAUCGCCCGCCUCGUUCUCAGACACGUCGUCGACCCCGAGGACACCCUCGCCACACUCAGCCUCGGACAUGUUCAUCAGCCUCAAACAUCACCCGAUCACCGAAUCCUCCCUCUUCCAUGAUUCCGAGUCGCUGAUGUUCAACGACGUCGCCGUCUACCCCCAGUCCAGCUAUGCACAGUCCCCGUCUCUCCUCCAGGAGCUGUACGACCAGCCAAACGACCACUUCAUCGACGACCAGGCCCACUACAACGAAUGGCACCAGCACCAGCAGCACCUCCACUUCCGUGCCCACGACCACUCCGGCACCGUCGUCCGUCGCGCCACUUUCCCCUAUGUCAGACACGACCAGCUCCAGCAAUACCCCUCCCCCCAUCUCUAUGACCUCUGUCCCCCUGUGUAUCAUGAGCCUGAGCCUGCCCACCAAGCUAUCAAACUCGAAGAUACCCCCCUGAUUGUCCCCUCCCAGCUCGGGUACUCCACUCACGCCAUCCACUCCCACCAUAACAACGCCCCUUCCUACCUCUCCCCUGCAACCGGCGGAACAGUCGCCAUACAGCACACAGACGACGCAGCUAGCAAAGAAACGCAGUACCUGCGUCGUCGCUGUUUCAACUGUCACACCACCGAGCCUCCCUCAUGGCGUCGCUCCACCCUCAACCCAGGGAAGAUCGUUUGCAACAAAUGUGGCCUCUAUGAACGCACCCACCUCAGACCACGCCCCCUCCGGUUUGAUGAACUCCGUGCAGGUGGAAAGACGCGCAAAUCCACCGGUGUGGCCCAGCCUGACAAAAAGGGUCCAAAAACACCCGCUGCUGCUGUCACUUCCUCUCCACAGAUCAAGAAAGAGCAAAGAGAGUUUGGUCUCAUACGUCGCGCAUCGGUCUCUAGCAGUGUGUCCAGCAGUGGUGCUAUAAGUGAUUGGGACGACAAUGUGUCCGUUUACUCCUCCCAACCCCCCACCCCCGGAUCGGCUUCCGGCCAGUUGUCUGCCUUCUCUUCCCCUGCUGUCACAACGUUCCCCAUUCCUCGCUCUUCUCAAAGUCCUCCGGCUGACGCUGGGGUGCAAGCCCCCAUUCGCUUGCCAAAUGCUCCUCUCUCGGACAUUGCAGUCUUUCCAGCAACA